AUGGCUGGUAAGGAAGCUACACGGCAGAGGCACCUUACCCAGGAUACUGAUGGCGAAGAGUCAACGUCAGUGCAGGCUGAAGCCUGGAAGAUCCGCUACGAGACGAGCUGGCUGCACCGGCGCUGCUCCUCGCUGCUCCACAAGGACACGCAGGCUCGGAAGGCCGGGCAGCUGUUCUCGGGGCUGCUGGCCAUGAACGUGGUGUUCCUGGGCUGCGCCUUCAUAAGCAGCGUGAUUUUCAACAGGGUGGCAAUUACCUUGCGCGACGUCGAGAUCUUCCUUUCCAUCCUCAAGCUCCUGUCUCUCUGCUGGAUCAUUUACUACUUGCUGUGUACCAGCAGGAAGCUUCAUGCUGUGCUGUACAGGGACUCCCAUGCCGGACCAGUCUGGGUGCAGGGGUCUCUAGUGCUGUUUGGAGCCUGCACCAUCCUCCUGCAUGUGUUCAGGAUUGGCUAUAACAUCAGCCGCAUACAUUGCAAAUCCCCACUGGAAAUCCUGUUCCCGUGCACAGAAAUCAUCUUCGUUUGCAUUCAGACGUACCUUUUAUGGCACCACUCUAAGGACUGCACUCAAGUCCAGCACAACCUCACCAGAUGUGGACUGAUGCUGACCAUGGCCACAGACCUCCUUCUCUGGCUGUUAGCGGUGACCAACGACUCUGUUCACAGGGAAAUUGAAUCUGCACUCAAAGGUCUUGUACAAAAUGUUCGAGGCAAUGAGUCCAGCUCAUGCACAUGUCCAAACACAACAGCCUGCCUCAUCUUCCAGAAGGGCUAUGUCUUGCUGUACCCCUUCAACCCGGAAUACUGCCUCAUCGGCAGCUCCAUGCUGUACGUCAUGUGGAAGAAUGUGGGCAGGCGCAUCCCUCCCCACCACGCCAUUCAUGCCAAGCCCAAGUUCAAACUCCACGGUGUCAUUUAUGGGCUGGUGCUGGGCAUAUCUACAUUGUUCAUCGGGAUCUGCAUCUUCAUGACCUAUCAGAUCCAGGCUACCAGCUCAGCGCCUAGCCAGGAGACCUUUGUGCUAUAUUAUUCGUACUAUAUCGCGCUUCUGCCGAUGAUGACUGUGGGUGCCUUGGCUGGGACGGUCAUCCAUGGCUUGGAAGAGCGUGAGCUAGAUACUCUGAAAAACCCAACCCGAAGCCUGGACGUGAUCCUGCUCAUGGGAGCAGCCCUAGGCCAGAUUGGCAUUUCUUACUUCUCCAUUGUCGCCAUUGUGGCCACCAACCCCAGAGAUCUGCUGGACAGACUCAGCCUGACCUAUGCAGUCAGCCUCAUCAUUCAGCACAUCACGCAAAACAUCUUCAUUAUCGAGGGGCUUCACCGGCAGCCUUUGGUGGAGGAUCCUGAUGCCAAAAGUGAGAAGCAUGAAAACUGUGACUCGAGAAGAGUUUACCCACUAGAGAUAAGACAGGAGCUCAGGAGGGUUUCGCAUACCUACAGACAUACCUACGGCCGCCUGAACUGGAAGAGGAAAGCCCUAAAGGAGAUCUCAAUCUUCUUGGUCUUGUGCAACAUCAUACUGUGGAUCAUGCCCAUGUUCGGGAUGCACCCUGCCUUCGAGAACGGGCUGGAGAAGUCGUUUUACGGUUACUCCACCUGGUUUGCCAUCGUGAACUUCGGCCUGCCCCUGGGUGUGUUCUACAGAAUGCACUCCAUCGGGGGGCUCCUGGAGGUGUAUGUGUCAUCUUGA